GGCGGUCCGCCGGGCGUCGAGCAGGCCCAGGUGCUCGUGGAACAGGCUUCGGGGUUCUCUUCGAGAACCGGGCCGCGGCCGAGGCGCACUUCGGGGCGCCGGUGUUCCCGGCGCCGCUCGGCAACGUCGGCGGCGACCAAGCCAGGCGGCAGUGCGAAGCAUCGCGUCAUCCAGGACUUGAAGGCGAAUUCCGUCAACGAGGCGGUGGCCCUCACCGAGCGCCAAGUCCUACCCGCGAUCCACGACCACGCCAUCGACCUCGCGAUGCUCUCCGCGCAAGCCCGCCAGGGGGAGGUCGCGUGGACACUCGUGUUGGACUUGGCGGAUGCGUUCAUGUCGGUGCCGCUCCACGUCGACGAGAACAGGCUGGCGCUCUACCUCCAGGCCGCCGAGGGGGACUUCGUCGCGUGGCGCGUUCUCGGGUUCGGCGGCAAACCUAACCCCGUCGCAUUCGGCCCGGUUGUCUCUUUCGCGGCACGGACGGCGCAAGCAUUGUUUCGCCCUUUCGCGCAGUCGACGGCCCGCCACGCCAGCGCGGCCGCGUUCGUAUUAGGCCGCCCGUUCUCCCGGCCGCCGCUUUGGACGGCGCGUUGCGGCUGGAAGUUCGGCUUGGCUUUGCGUGCGAUUGCCCUGGCUGCCCGCGGUGCCGCCUUCCAGAAGUGCUUCAGGGGUGCUGGUGGCGUGCCUGACAGCGGAGGCGAACGUGGGCAGGGGUCUCCGUCGCGCGGCCGGAGCACCCCGCUCGUGGCACGCCCGUCGCUGAAG